UUCGCUUAGCGCCUGCAGUUGGCUUAAACCAGCAGAAGCGAUAAGUUGCUAAGAUAAAGAGCUAAUAGAAAGAAAAUAAAUUUGACAACUUUUUUUUUGCCUUUUCACCAGUUGACAACACAUUUUUUUCGCAGAUCCAUCAUUGCUUAUCGCCUCUGACAAAUGACAUCCAAGUUUGUGGUGCUUUGCUUAGGUUCAACAAAAAAUUAAUUAGCGUUCAAAAGUCAUAGCCAAGCGGUUUAUUUGUGAGCAAACAUUUUAAGGUGUGACCCGAGAGUCAUUAAAAUAAACAAAAACAAAAAAGGAGAAAAGUGUUAAAAUUAAAUAAUUCAGACAUCCAUCUCUGCCAUGGCUGCCAAGUUUUAUUACUUUGGGUUCGGCAGUAAUAUGCUGAGUAAACGUUUACACCUACAAAAUCCUACGGCCGUGCGAAUUGGUCCCGGUAAAUUGGAGAAUUUCCGCUUGGAUUUCAAUCUGUUCACGGACAGAUGGUAUGGAGCCUGUGCCACAAUAGUAGCCAACAAGGGAGAGCAUGUUUGGGGGGCCAUAUGGGAGUUGGAUGAAUCGGAUAAGGAACAUUUGGAUAAUCAAGAAGGUGUCCAUCAGGGUAUCUACACUCCCAUUACAGUUUCGGUCUAUUGCCCUCCUCUGGACACCAUGGUGGAAUGUCGAGCCUAUCAAUUGGUUGAACAACCGGACACAAAUUUACAUUCACUGUCGACCAAUGAAAUACCCCAGGAUCGUUUAGCUUCGUCGACAUACCUGAAAAGUUUGGUCAAGGGAGCAAUUGAAAGUGAAAUACCCUUCGAAUACGUCGAUUGGUUAAUGCAUAUACCCCACAAUGGUAAUACUGCUGAACGUUUUGAAUUUGAGCUGGAACUGGAUGGUAUUGAAUUGUAUAACUUAGUUGAGGAAAAAAUGUAAUCUCACGAACCAAAGAUACAAUGUGAUAACUUUUAAAGUAUUAUUUAACCAAAUACUGGAAAGAUAAAA